GGCGGCAGGCGGCGAGCACUGCACUCGCAGCAGGGACGCGGUUUGAAAUCCGAUCCUAGUUAAUUUUUUCCCUCCAGAGCCCGGUGCUCAAACUGUUAGUGGGAGUCUGUGAGCCAAGCUUUCACACAGCACCAAAUGUCCCGCACUUCACAACCGACCCAGUGGCGCAGCGAAGCAGUUGUGCCCGUACAGCGCAGCGAAGAAGAGCGGAGCUUCUUCCGUAGGACCCCGAGACCCUCUUACGAGCCAAAACUACAUAGGUUCUCCUUUAGAUGAUACAGUCUAGUGGGGUUUUGAUACACUUUUCAGCGGUUUUAAGGACUGGACAGAGUCGGACAGCUCAAGGCUGUGUGUGAAUACGGCUUCUUCUCAAACACUUCACUGACUUCACGUCUGUUCACGCCUGGAUUUGGAAACUUGAGUGUAUUUGGAUGAUUUGUCCCCUGAAUGCGAUUCACGAAACAUCUGGAAAGGACCUCGCAGACCAAGCUUACUAAAAAAGCCGACAAACAUAUUUUAUUUUUAUCUCGAAAAGGAUUACUGUGUCAAGGAGGAAUUUGUGUUUGUGUGUGUGGCAGCACUACAUUGACAGCAUGUGUGGAACGGUGGAGGAUGUCUGAAUCUGGUUUCCGUGGUGAGGACACUCGUCCCCACGUCACUCGGCCCGGGAUGGUCCCGCUCUGUCUCCUUCUGUACCUCGCGGCCCUCAUCUUCCCUCCGGUGUACAGUGCCCACCUGCUGUCCCCAGAGCCCACAGAUUGGGUGUCGAGUGAGGUGGAAGUGUUUCUGGAGGACUACGUGGCAGGAGUCGGGGACACCGUGGAUCUGUCCUGCACACCGCGUGACUUCCUGGUCCCCAUCGUGUGGCAGAAAGAUGGCGACGCCGUGUCUCCUAGCAACCGUACACGGGUGGGGCAAAAAGUGCUCCAUAUCAUCAACGUCUCCUAUGAAGACUCGGGGGUGUAUUCCUGUAGACACACCCACAGCAGCACGCUGCUAAGCAACUACACCGUCAGAGUCACUGACUCGCUGUCCUCUGGUGAUGAUGAGGACUAUGAUGAAGAUGAGGACGAUGCAGGUAAUGGAAAUGAAGCUCCAUACUGGACCCGUUCUGACCGGAUGGAGAAGAAACUAUUGGCUGUUCCCGCCGCUAAUACAGUGAAGUUCCGCUGUCCUGCUGCCGGCAACCCCACUCCCACCAUCCACUGGCUGAAAAAUGGGAAGGAAUUCAAGGGAGAGCAGAGAAUGGGCGGGAUUAAAUUGAGGCAUCAGCAGUGGAGUUUGGUCAUGGAGAGUGCUGUUCCAUCUGACCGGGGAAACUACACUUGUGUGGUGCAGAACAAAUACGGAAAAAUCAAACACACUUACCAACUUGAUGUGCUGGAGCGCUCUCCUCACCGGCCCAUUCUACAGGCGGGACUCCCGGCCAAUCAGACGGUGGUGGUGGGCAGUGACGUCGAGUUCCACUGUAAGGUGUACAGUGAUGCUCAGCCACACAUCCAGUGGCUCAAACACAUCGAGGUGAAUGGAAGUCAGUAUGGGCCCAAUGGCGCCCCCUACGUCAACAUCCUUAAGACUGCGGGAAUAAAUACUACGGAUAAAGAGCUGGAGAUUCUCUACCUGACCAAUGUGUCUUUUGAGGAUGCGGGGCAAUACACUUGUCUGGCAGGGAACUCGAUUGGCUAUAACCAUCACUCUGCCUGGCUUACAGUGUUACCAGCGGUGGAGAUGGAGAGAGAGGAUGACUAUGCGGACAUCCUCAUCUACGUGACAGGCUGCGUGCUCUUCAUCCUCACCAUGGUCAUCAUUAUUCUCUGCCGUAUGCGGAUGAACACGCAGAAGACUCUCCCCAUGCCGCCCGUUCAAAAACUGUCCAAAUUCCCCCUCAAGAGACAGGUAACAGUGUCCUUGGAAUCUAACUCUUCCAUGAAUUCAAACACCCCGUUGGUCCGGAUCGCCCGCCUGUCAUCCAGCGACUGGCCCAUGCUGCCCAACGUUUCUGAGCUUGAACUGCCCUCUGACCCCAAGUGGGAGUUUCCACGUACAAAACUAACGCUGGGAAAACCGUUGGGAGAGGGUUGCUUUGGGCAGGUAGUGAUGGCAGAAGCCGUUGGGAUCGACAAAGAGAAACCCAACAAACCUCUCACUGUUGCUGUCAAGAUGCUCAAAGAUGACGGCACAGAUAAGGACCUGUCGGACCUUGUGUCUGAAAUGGAGAUGAUGAAGAUGAUUGGAAAACACAAGAACAUCAUCAACUUGCUAGGAGCAUGCACACAAAAUGGUCCUCUGUAUGUGCUGGUGGAAUAUGCCUCUAAUGGAAAUCUUAGGGAAUACUUGCGGGCGAGAAGGCCUCCUGGGAUGGACUACUCAUUUGACACUUGCAAAAUCCCAAAUGAAACUCUGACAUUUAAAGAUCUGGUGUCCUGUGCCUAUCAGGUCGCCAGGGGUAUGGAGUACCUGGCCUCAAAGAAGUGUAUCCAUAGGGAUCUUGCGGCCCGGAAUGUUCUGGUAACCGAGGACAACGUGAUGAAGAUUGCAGACUUCGGCCUGGCUAGAGAUGUGCACAACAUUGACUACUACAAGAAGACCACCAACGGUCGUCUGCCUGUCAAAUGGAUGGCACCAGAAGCACUGUUCGACCGCGUCUACACGCACCAGAGCGAUGUGUGGUCUUACGGAGUGUUGUUGUGGGAGAUUUUCACACUGGGCGGCUCACCAUACCCAGGUAUCCCAGUGGAGGAGCUCUUUAAACUGCUGAAGGAGGGUCAUCGGAUGGACAAACCUGCCAACUGCACUCAUGAACUGUACAUGAUUAUGCGGGAGUGUUGGCAUGCUGUUCCUUCACAAAGACCCACGUUCAGACAGCUGGUGGAGGAUCACGACAGGGUUCUUUCCAUGACCUCCACUGACGAGUAUCUGGACCUGUCGGUGUCGUUCGAGCAGUACUCCCCUACCUGCCCAGACUCCAACAGCACCUGUUCCUCCGGCGACGACUCUGUGUUUGCUCACGACCCCUUACCUGACGAACCCUGCCUCCCUAAACAUCACCUCCACAGCAAUGGGGUCAUACGAACAUAAGGACCCAGGACAGAAAUGGUGGUUUGUGGGGACCUUCCGGUUCACUGCACUGGACCAGCAUGUGGCGGCAGUGCAGA